AUGGUGCUGUUCAGCCACUCGUCCGCCGAAAUUAAAUACAGGUUAACACUAACAAAAGUGCGAGGAUAUAAUGUCAUAAUAUUGUUGGUCACAUAUAUGCUGCCAAUCGUGUCCAUGAGUUACACGUAUUUCCGUGUGGGUCGGGAACUGUGGGGCAGUCAGAGUAUCGGCGAGUGUACUGCCAAACAAAUGGAGAGCAUUAAGUCUAAACGAAAGAUUGUCAAAAUGAUGAUGAUGGUUGUGGCUAUAUUUGGAGUAUGUAUACCAAAACGACUGCUAUAUAAUGUCAUAAUAUUGUUGGUCACAUAUAUGCUGCCAAUCGUGUCCAUGAGUUACACGUAUUUCCGUGUGGGUCGGGAACUGUGGGGCAGUCAGAGUAUCGGCGAGUGUACUGCCAAACAAAUGGAGAGCAUUAAGUCUAAACGAAAGAUUGUCAAAAUGAUGAUGAUGGUUGUGGCUAUAUUUGGAAUAUGUUGGGCCCCAUACCACGUAUACUUCCUGCUGAUGCAUCACUACCCGGAGAUUAUAUCCUCGGAUUACGUUCAACACAUCUAUUUAUCCAUCUAUUGGUUAGCGAUGAGUAAUUCAAUAUACAAUCCGUUCGUCUAUUGCUGGAUGAAUUCAAGAGGUAUCUAUAAUUAA